GUUCGGAGGGUCACAAACCUUUGAAACAGGAACACCAAGGUCCAACACACUGCCGAAUCUACCGUAGCAGACUGACUUCAAAGGAGUAGUGUUGUCAUCGAAACAUCAAGACCCAUCAGAAAGAGACCAUUGCACAAUCGGCUUCUGUUGCAUAACCAAGGAAAAUGGAGUCGCUUCGGAUCGCCAUGGCCGAAAUCGAGCCGUUGGCCCAGGAGUUGGAUCCGGUGUACAUGCCGCUCGAGUUUGCGACGGGGCGGGUGUUGCCUGCCGUUGUCGCCACCGCGGCAUUCACCACUAUCCUCUAUGUUGCAGCCUUCCCAUUGGUUUCGAACAGACUCAUUCCCGGCGACGCCUCGGACAAAGAAGUGUUGAGGAAGAGGCGUCAACUUUCUUACAUGACGACCAAUUGUAUCACGAAUCUCAUCAUUGGAUUGCUGGGAUGCUACUAUGAAUAUGGGUUCCUUCCCCAGAAUCCAACCAUGGCUGAUCGAGUGCAAGGAUGCGACGACUGGUAUAUUUUUUCCGCAAUUCAAAUUGGAUUCCAAGUCUGGUCCAUCUUUAUGGGAACCUUUUUUGUCGAGGAACAGAUGACCAUGAUUUUCCAUCACAUGGGCUGCAUUUGCGUGGCAAGCAUGUGUUGUUUUUUGCACAAUGGAUAUCGAUACUGGACUUCUUACUAUUUUGGUGUCUACGAGUUGAGCUCGGUGCCGUUGGCUUUCAUGAAUGCCUUCAAACACAACAAGGAAUGGAUCACGCAAUAUCCCGACUUGUACUUGGCCAUUCGAAUGAUUUUUGCCGUGGUAUUCUUGACCGUCCGCAUUGUCAUGUUGCUGUUUCGUAUGCCUUACGUGAGAGAUGUCAAUUUAUUUCCCUACCUGAUGACUAACGAGCACUGGUUCCUCCGGUGCUUCAUGUUUGCUGUCGGUGCCAGCAGUACCUGGCUCUGCUCUUUGCAAUACUAUUGGGGGUACCUGGUCAUCACGGGAAUUUACAAGCAAUUUUUCGUGAAGAAGAGAAAGGCAGACUCGAAAAAGGAUCAAUAGCAGUAAUGCUUCCAGCAAUGAUGUGUGUGCAUUAAUAAUCGAUUACUAAUUCUUUCUGGCUACUGGGUUGUACCUUCUUUGUUCUCUCUCUUUUUCUCUCUGACCGGUAAUGCAAUCAGAGUUUUUCCCCGGAAGAACUCACGAUCUGACAUGCAAUGGAUUGGUCUUUAGUUGUACCGACAGAAAACAGUAUCAGUUGACAGAAGCAGUUUAAUGUCCUCGAGACGAGACGUUUCCUUGCCCCACGCCCUUGAUACUGUGAGGAUGACAUCCGAGUCUACCGGUAUUCAGUCUCUCACAAGGCAAAGGCGACUACAAAGGGAGUGGUACUGCA